AUGAUAGCCGAGAGAAUGGAUAGGAAAGAAUCGAGGUUCUGGUACAAUGGCACCAACGUCACCGACGUGGACCAGAACCAGGCCCCUGAGAAUUACAUGCUAGUCUUCGACGACAUCGAUCAGUUCUUCAACAAGUUCAAUCUCUCCAACGACUCCACCGACCAGCAGGUGUCCAAUUGCAACUACGUGAUCAACACCACUAACAUUACUUGUGCGGAAGUCGUUCCCUUGGAGACGCACCACAACUACUGGGCGCUCAUUCUGAUUCUCUUCCCCAUUUUUACUCUUUUCGGUAAUGUUCUUGUGAUAUUAAGUGUGUACAGAGAAAGGACUCUCCAGACCGCCACCAAUUACUUCAUCGUCAGUUUGGCUCUGGCCGAUCUGCUCGUCGCUGUUGUGGUCAUGCCCUUCGCAGUAUACGUUCUGGUGAGUACCAUCCCCAUUAUAUUUACCAUAAAAUGUUUAUAG